UGCAAGUUUGUAAACAGUAGACCGUGAUGGUUACACCGGCAACACACAAUUAUCUGUGUAACGCAUGGGAUAUUAUGCUUGUGGCAAUGCAUUUAGAUACAUUAAUGGAUAAACACUCCUAGUCCACGAUUGUUACAGUGGAAGGUUUGGUACCCGGGCGUUUGAUUUAUAUCAAUGGAAUUUCCAGAAGAUGAAGUGUUCUUGCAUCACUUGCAGUCCCAAUUGUUUGAUCCAAAACUCUGUGAAGGCCGGGUAUCGGAGAGAGCUGACCUCACGAGGCAGAUCAUAGCCAGCCUUAGGUUGGCAGCUGAUGCAAACAUAAUAUCUGCUGAUAGUUCGAGCCAUCUAAUACGACCAUUUGAUAAUUCCUAUGCUUCUCUGAUAGACUCCCUGGAUAGCACAACAGGGUUAAACAACUUUGCAGAAGGUGCUUUAGCCUUGUGUUCCCCUCAUAAAAAUGAAAGCAACAAGUGGCAAACAUCACUAACACUGGAGAAACUGAUGGGAAUGAAAUGUGUAGAAGAUGUGAUGAAGAAAAGUCAAGAACAUGCAGACAUGCUGGUGCCUCCAUCUCAAAGGAAUGCCAUUCUUUUUUCCCGAAGAGUGAAAAAUAUAAACCCUCCAAAAUCUGAACUAGACUUGGGUCAGAUCAACAGUUUUAAACAUCAUAGUAGAAGUGGUCAUCAAGAGAUGGAUGGCGGUUCUGAUCCUACGAUUCCCAGACACCAAGACCUCAACAGUGACCGUUUAAAUACAGAAGACCAAGGUAACUGGUCAAAUACAAACAAUGCCAGACAACAAAUGGAAAAAAACCAACUUGGAGAAAAUGAUCAACAGUUUGUUAGGCCUCUGAACAGAAAGCCGCUGUUUUCAAACAAUAAUGUCACAGGCAAAGGUGUAUAUGGUCAGUUUGGAGGACAGUCAGAACACAACAGUGGUCAGUUUAGAGGAGCACCAGGACAAUCUAAUGGUCAAUUUGGAGGACAACCUGAACACCACAGUGGUCAGUUUAGAGGAGCACCAGGACAAUCUAAUGGUCAGUUUGGAGGACAGUCAGAACACAACAGUGGUCAGUUUAGAGGAGCACCAGGACAAUCUAAUGGUCAGUUUGGAGGAAAACCUGAACACCACAGUGGUCAGUUUAGAGGACAAUAUACCAAUCAACAGAAAUCCUGGAGAGGAGGACAGGGUGGAGGUAUAAAGAGGCCAUUCAACAGUAAUGAAGACAAUUUGGACAACCAAGAGUCUCCAGUCACUACUGGGGGAGCCUUCAGAACCGCUAGGGAGCAGUUAAAACUAGAGAACCAGAAGAAAUAUGGCGGAGGUGGUGGCACAGUUUCUACAGCAUCCUACGGUAGUUGUAGAAAGUCUCUCGGCACACGAAGAGCAGGUCCCAGUGGCAAGUUUGUACCUCCAGUCAUCAAUAAGGGGGAAGAUGAUGGACCUGAUGUAAACAUGAACAAGGUUCAGAAGUCAGUGUUUGGAAAAGGGGCCUCUUCAUCUUCUGCUUCCAGUGAUGAACCAGAGGAUGAAAGACUGAAGGGAAUCGAACCGAAGAUGAUAGAACUGGUCAUGAACGAGAUCAUGGACAAUGGACCACAGAUGAACUGGACUGACAUUGCUGGCUUAGAAUUUGCCAAGAAAUGUAUAAAGGAGAUUGUUGUAUGGCCAAUGUUACGACCUGACAUAUUUAAAGGGCUGAGGGGACCACCUAAAGGUUUGCUUCUGUUUGGACCUCCAGGGACUGGAAAAACACUGAUAGGGAAGUGUAUUGCCAGUCAAUCAAGGUCUACAUUCUUCAGCAUCAGUGCUUCCUCACUGACGUCUAAAUGGGUUGGGGAGGGAGAGAAAAUGGUGCGAGCACUCUUUGCUGUGGCCCGCUGUCACCAGCCAGCUGUUGUAUUCAUUGAUGAAAUUGACUCGCUCUUGUCACAAAGAUCUGAUGGAGAACAUGAGGCAUCCAGGCGAAUCAAGACAGAAUUUCUUGUUCAGCUGGAUGGUGCUGCUACUUCCUCUGAUGAUAGGAUCCUUGUGAUAGGAGCUACAAACAGACCCCAGGAGAUUGACGAAGCAGCUAGGAGGAGAUUUGUGAAGCGUCUAUACAUCCCUCUUCCAGAAUCCCAGGCCAGACAGCACAUUGUCCUCAAUCUCUUGGCCCAGCAGCGGUACCAACUAAGUGAUGAUGAACUCCAGCUCAUUCAAGAUAAAUCUCAAGGUUACUCUGGUGCUGACAUGGCAAGUCUGUGUAGAGAGGCAGCGAUGGGGCCCAUCAGGAGCAUGUCGUUCGGUGACAUAGAGAGUAUCUCUGCUGAUGAGGUACGCCCCAUUCUAUUUUGUGAUUUUGAAGAAGCUUUCCUGCAAGUAAAAGCCAGUGUAUCGGACAAAGACCUGGAUUUAUACAUAGAUUGGAAUACAAUGUAUGGAAGUGUGGGUAUGGGAAAGUAACCCAAUGGGAGGUAAUCUGCGUUGUAUAUUAAAUGGAGAUAAAAAUGUGAAAUAGUAUAAACUAACCGACAGAAGGUCAUCUACAUUGUCUACCAGAGGGAGGUAAUCUACAUUGUAUAUCAAAGGGAGGUAAUCUGCAUUGUAUAUCAAAGGGAAGUAAUCUGCAUUGUAUAUCAAAGGGAGGUAAUAUACAUUGUAUAUCAAAGGGAAGUAAUCUACAUUGUAUAUCAAAGGGAAGUAAUCUACAUUGUAUAUCAAAGGGAAGUAAUCUACAUUGUAUAUCAAAGGGAGGUAAUAUACAUUGUAU